CGCACAGCCCCGCCCCGCACGGCCAGGCAAAGCGGAGCCGGCCGUGCGGUGUGUGUGUAUGUGUUCGCGGGGCGCCGUCUCAGCCCCGGGAAGAUGGUGGCGGUGGCGGCGGCGACUCAGGCGAGGCUGAGGAGGAGAACGGCGGCGACGACAGCGCCUGCGGGCAGGAACGGCGGGCAGCGCCGGGGCUGGGACGCGACCGGGGCUGGGAGGCCGGGGCUGGGGGCCGGGCUGCGCCUCCCGCGGCGGCUGCUGCUGCUGCUUCUGCUGCUCCCGCCGCUGCUGCUGCUGCCCUGGGCGGCCGAGGCCGCGGCGGCGGCGGCGGCGGUGUCGGGCUCAGCCGCAGCCGAGGCCAAGGAAUGUGACCGACCCUGUGUCAACGGCGGCCGCUGCAACCCUGGCACCGGCCAGUGCGUCUGCCCCGCUGGCUGGGUGGGCGAGCAAUGCCAGCACUGCGGGGGCCGCUUCAGACUAACUGGAUCUUCUGGGUUUGUGACAGAUGGACCUGGAAAUUAUAAAUAUAAAACGAAGUGCACAUGGCUUAUUGAAGGACAGCCAAAUAGAAUAAUGAGACUCCGUUUCAAUCAUUUUGCUACAGAGUGUAGUUGGGACCAUUUAUAUGUUUAUGAUGGAGACUCAAUUUAUGCACCACUAGUUGCUGCCUUUAGUGGCCUCAUCGUCCCUGAGAGAGAUGGCAACGAGACUGUCCCUGAGGUUGUUACCACAUCAGGUUAUGCCCUGCUGCAUUUUUUUAGUGAUGCUGCUUAUAAUUUGACUGGAUUUAAUAUCACUUACAAUUUUGACAUGUGUCCGAACAACUGCUCAGGCCGAGGAGAAUGUAAGAGCAGUAAUAGCAGCAACACUGUCCAAUGUGAAUGUUCGGAAAACUGGAAAGGGGAAGCAUGCGAUAUUCCUCACUGUGUCCAUGACUGUGGUUUUCCUUAUCGAGGUGGUUGCAAUUCAAGCGAUGUCAGAGGAUGCUCCUGCUUCCCCGAGUGGCAGGGUCCCGGAUGUUCGAUUCCUGUGCCAGCUAACCAGUCAUUUUGGACUCGAGAGGAAUAUUCUAACCUAAAGCUCCCCAGGGCCUCUCACAAAGCUGUGGUCAAUGGAAAUAUAAUGUGGGUUGUUGGAGGAUAUAUGUUCAACCACUCAGAUUACAACAUGGUUCUAGCGUAUGACCUUGCUUCUAGGGAGUGGCUUACCCUGAAUCGUUCGGUGAACAAUGUGGUUGUCAGAUAUGGCCAUUCUUUAGCAUUAUACAAGGAUAAAAUUUACAUGUAUGGAGGAAAAAUUGAUUCAACAGGGAACGUGACCAAUGAGUUGAGAGUGUUCCAUAUUCAUAAUGAGUCAUGGGUGUUGUUGACCCCGAAAGCCAAGGAGCAGUAUGCAGUGGUCGGGCACUCGGCACACAUCGUCAAAUUGAAAACUGGCCGAGUGGUCAUGCUGGUCAUCUUUGGUCAUUGCCCUCUCUAUGGAUAUAUAAGCAAUGUACAGGAAUAUGACUUGGCUAAGAACACGUGGAGUAUAUUACAAACAAACGGUGCCCUUGUCCAAGGGGGCUAUGGUCAUAGCAGUGUCUAUGACCAUAGGACCAAGGCCCUUUAUGUUCAUGGGGGCUACAAGGCUUUCAGUGCCAAUAAGUACCGCCUCGCAGAUGAUCUCUACAGAUACGAUGUGGACACCCAGAUGUGGACCAUUCUUAAGGACAGCCGAUUUUUCCGUUACUUACACACAGCUGUGAUAGUGAGUGGAACCAUGCUGGUGUUUGGAGGAAACACACACAACGACACAUCCAUGAGCCAUGGUGCCAAAUGCUUCUCUUCAGAUUUUAUGGCUUAUGACAUUGCUUGUGACCGCUGGUCAGUGCUUCCCAGACCUGAUCUCCACCAUGAUGUCAACAGAUUUGGCCAUUCCGCAGUCUUACACAACAGCACCAUGUAUGUAUUUGGUGGUUUCAAUAGUCUCCUCCUCAGUGACACCCUCGUAUUUACCUCAGAACAGUGUGGAGCACACAGGAGUGAAGCUGCUUGUCUGGCAGCAGGACCUGGCAUCCGGUGUGUGUGGGAUACGGGGUCAUCUCAGUGUAUCUCCUGGGAAUUGGCCACUGAAGCACAAGAAGAAAAGUUAAAAUCAGAAUGUUUUUCCAAAAGAACUCUUGACCACGACAGAUGUGACCAGCACACGGAUUGUUACAGCUGCACAGCCAACACCAAUGACUGUCACUGGUGCAGUGACCAUUGUGUCCCCGUGAACCACAGCUGCACAGAAGGCCAGAUCUCCAUUUCCAGAUACGAGAAUUGUCCCAAGGAUAACCCCAUGUACUACUGUAACAAGAAGACCAGCUGUAGGAGCUGUGCCCUGGACCAGAACUGCCAGUGGGAGCCCCGCAAUCAGGAGUGCAUCGCUCUGCCCGAAAAUAUCUGUGGCAUUGGCUGGCAUUUGGUUGGAAACUCCUGUUUGAAAAUUACUACUGCCAAGGAGAAUUAUGACAAUGCUAAAUUGUCCUGUAGGAACCACAAUGCCUUUUUGGCUUCUCUUACAACCCAGAAGAAGGUAGAAUUCGUCCUUAAACAGCUGCGGAUAAUGCAGUCAUCACAGAGCAUGUCCAAGCUCACCUUAACCCCAUGGGUUGGCCUUCGGAAGAUCAACGUGUCCUACUGGUGCUGGGAAGAUAUGUCCCCAUUCACAAAUACUUUGCUACAGUGGAUGCCAUCUGAGCCCAGUGAUGCUGGAUUCUGUGGGAUCUUGUCAGAGCCCAGUACUCGGGGCUUGAAGGCUGCAACCUGCAUCAACCCACUCAAUGGCAGUGUCUGUGAGAGGCCUGCAAACCACAGUGCCAAGCAGUGCCGGACGCCGUGUGCCCUGCGGACAGCAUGCGGGGAAUGCACCAGUGGCAGCUCUGAGUGCAUGUGGUGCAGCAACAUGAAGCAGUGCGUGGACUCCAACGCCUACGUGGCCUCCUUCCCUUUCGGCCAGUGUAUGGAGUGGUACACCAUGAGCAGCUGCCCCCCUGAAAAUUGUUCAGGCUAUUGUACCUGCAGCCAUUGCCUGGAGCAGCCAGGCUGCGGCUGGUGCACUGAUCCCAGCAACACUGGCAAAGGCAAAUGCAUAGAGGGCUCCUAUAAAGGACCAGUGAAGAUGCCUUCUCAGGCCCCUGCCGGGAAUUCCUACCCACAGCCCCUUCUCAAUGCCAGCAUGUGCCUGGAGGACAGCAGAUACAACUGGUCUUUCAUUCAUUGUCCAGCAUGCCAGUGCAAUGGCCACAGCAAGUGCGUUAAUCAGAGUAUCUGUGAGAAGUGUGAGAACCUGACCACAGGCAAGCACUGCGAGACCUGCAUAUCUGGCUUCUAUGGUGAUCCCACCAAUGGGGGAAGGUGUCAGCCCUGCAAGUGCAACGGGCACGCAUCGCUGUGUAACACCAACACGGGCAAGUGCUUCUGCACCACCAAGGGCGUCAAGGGGGACGAGUGCCAGCUAUGUGAGGUAGAAAAUCGAUACCAGGGAAACCCUCUCAAAGGAACGUGUUAUUAUACUCUUCUCAUUGACUAUCAGUUCACCUUUAGCCUAUCCCAGGAAGAUGACCGCUAUUACACAGCCAUCAAUUUUGUGGCUACCCCUGAUGAACAAAACAGGGAUUUGGACAUGUUCAUCAAUGCCUCCAAAAACUUUAACCUCAACAUCACCUGGGCUGCCAGCUUCUCAGCUGGAACCCAGGCUGGAGAAGAGAUGCCUGUUGUUUCAAAAACCAACAUUAAGGAGUACAAAGAUAGCUUCUCUAAUGAGAAGUUUGAUUUUCGCAACCACCCAAAUAUCACUUUCUUCGUUUAUGUCAGUAAUUUCACCUGGCCCAUCAAAAUUCAGAUCGCCUUCUCCCAGCACAGCAAUUUUAUGGACCUGGUACAGUUCUUCGUGACUUUCUUCAGUUGUUUCCUCUCUUUGCUCCUGGUGGCUGCUGUGGUUUGGAAGAUCAAACAAAGUUGCUGGGCCUCCAGGCGGAGAGAGCAACUUCUUCGAGAGAUGCAGCAGAUGGCCAGUCGCCCCUUUGCCUCCGUAAACGUUGCCUUGGAAACAGAUGAAGAGCCUCCUGAUCUUAUUGGGGGGAGUAUAAAGACUGUUCCCAAACCCAUUGCCCUGGAGCCGUGUUUUGGCAACAGAGCUGCUGUCCUCUCUGUGUUUGUGAGGCUCCCUCGAGGCCUUGGUGGAAUCCCUCCUCCUGGGCAGUCAGGUGAGUCUCGCAGUGGCCAGCGCCCUGGUGGACAUUUCUCAGCAGAUGCCAAUAGCGUACAAAGAGAAGUCAGGAGCCGUGAGAAACCGGAAGCAGCAGCCCCCCGCGCAGCCCGGGACCUGCAUCUGAGGCUGGGCUGGGGACUCUCCGUGAGCGAGCCAGGGGGGGCGGCGUGCCGGCGCCGUCUGCAGGGAGGGGGCAGGCGGGGAGACGCUGCGUGGAGCGGGCCGAAGACUGGAAACCCUCGACACAUCCGACUCCUCUGCAUGUUCACAAGCUUUCUUUGCCGGUUUCUCCCAUCUGUGCUCCAGCAUCUAACCUUUUACUUUUGCAUAGGAAAUAAUGGAUUGAAUAGCAGGUCCAGGGGGGAUCCAGUUGUUGCUGGAGGAGGCUGGGGCAGAGCCAGUGAGAGAGCUGGGAGCGACACUCAGGUUCACUUGCGGAAAACUGUUCUUGGGGCCGUCUCAACUUGCAAAAAAAAACAAAAGAUGUAGUGUUUACAAGUAGACAUUCACCACCAGUCGUUCUUGAACAUGGUCUUUUAAAAACUAGUCAGAUGAAUGAAUUCGUUCUCAUCUGAAGCCUGCUAUCUUUUUUAAAAGAUGUGCUACUUAUUCUCGCACGACGUAGGCAAAUCUCUCUCUUGCAGGGAGUAGCUUUUUUCUAGUUGAGAACUCACAAUGGUCCAUCUCUUUUGAAUCAUAUCAAACUAAGGUAGAAGGGGGCUAUUUUAAAUGUCAAGGUCAGCAGUGUUACCUAGAAUGUAAACUGAUGUAAUAGGUAGUUUUCUAUAGCAACUUGAUUAAUUUAGUCUUAAUCCAUUUGAAAUCCUCUCCCUCUGUCUCUCCCUCUCUCUUGUCUCUCUCUUUCUCUCUCUCUUUCUCACUCACACACACACUUACACACACACACUAAGUGCCUAGACUUUAAAUAGAUCUAGCAAUUGGAGAGUUAGUAAGCCUAAGUUUUUCCAUAAUUGCAUUCCUGCAUUCUUACAAAAUUUAAAUAGCUACCAUUGGCAAUCUGCUCUUUUUCUAAAAUCUAAUUUGCAGCCAGGAAAGAAUUUUCUCACCCCAGGGAACGUUUAACCUAGCAGCAGGGACUGAGAGGAAAGCAGAAAUGACCAAACUGUGAAAGCUCCUGUUGAUGUUGCUGUCAAAAGACAAGACCACUAAAUAAGGUGUGGUCCUCUUGUGCCCCCUGCCCCCCCGCCCCCCACUCUAGGCCUGACAUUGGCUCCAGCCCUUCUGGCCGCUCCUGCCAGGACACCACUGAGGAAGGGACUUGUCCAUGUCACGUGUCUCUCUCGGGCAGAAAAGAGCAUGCCAGCGCUUGGGAUCCCUGCGUCAGAGCAGCAGUGUGCCCUGUAGCCUGCCCUGAGCUGCUGGGUCAUCCUCAGGCUGCGGGUGGAACUGCAUGACCAGAGCCUGGAGAAGGACCUGGAACGUUUUGGUUUGCCCGCUCUCCUCCAGGAGAGGCUCGGCUCGGCACCCGCAUCUGCCUUCCCAGCCCCGGGUGCUGGCUGUGGGCAGGGCAGGGACCACCGAGAAGGAUGAAAAGCACAUGGAGAAAAUGGAUGAGGAGGAAUAACCAUGCCAUGUGGAAAGUGACCACGCUGAAGUGGGGCGGGGCGGUCCUGCUCUUCUCCGCAGGCCGCUGCCUGCGGGUUGUGGGGUCCCUGUGUAUGGUGCUCUGGAUUCUGGCAUUAUGCGGCAGCCUCCCCAGGUCUCCCUUCCGCUUCAAAACUUGGGUUCUCUGGCAUUAUCCCGUAGGGAUGGAUCUCUAGGUGACCACGCUCGUUUGUGAGUUUGGAGAAAUUAAUACUCAAAAGAGCAAAGACUGCAGCAUUUCACCUUUAAAUGCAGUGCCUAGAGUAGGAGUGCUGUCUCUUUCCCAGCACCAACCCCUCACCCAUGAAGAGUUUCCUGGAAAGAUGUUUCCAUGGAAGUUGAACCCUAAAACACUAUCUGAUGCACAGAACACCUCUACCUGGAGACUCUCCUCUCAAAAAGCUGCUUUUUCACAUCAUUGGCAAAGAGCAGACAAUUCUAGAUAAGACCCCUUCUCUUCCAAGCUUCCCACACCCCUGCUCCACAUCACGGCACCCACAGAGAGCCUGUCGCAGACUGGCGCCUCCCCCUGUAAUUGCCAUGAGGCCUCUUGGCAGAGAGAGGGAGGCCGCUGGAGAAGGAACUCCCACAAGGAAAAAUCCUUGUUUGUUCAAAGGACCAGUAUUUCUUUGGCCAAAGAAGUCUCUUCCCCAUGGGUUCCCAGGCCUUGAAAUAACAUGCACCGUGUCCCAUAACCACCUGGUUUGUUGUUGUUAUUUUUUUCCUAAAAGUUUAUUUUUAAAAAGGAAGGAAAAAGGAGCAAGUGAUGUUUACUUUGCUCCAACAGUGGAGAAACAGCUGAAUCCACCUGCUUAUCCUCUGCAGCCAAUGGCAAACAGCUUCCUCCGGGGUCAGGCCAGAGGAAGGGAGUGGCAGGAGAAGGAGGCACUCGGCUUAGGAGCCAGUUACCCAGAGGGAAUCAUCUGGAACUUCAGAGAGAUGGCUGCGUGUCACAGGAGAGCCUGUAUAUAAGUUAAAAUAGUCAUGAAAACAUUGAUGUUGCACUUGUACAUAAUUAUACAGUAGUGUCCAGAAUGUUCAGACUUUCAGAGUGUACAUAAAACAGAAAACUAUGCUAAUGUUAUUUUUAUUAAAUGUAACAGUGUCUGAGUUUUA